AAACUCGCCAAUACCGAGCUUCUGUUCAUGUACAUAUUGAUACCGUAUGCGUCGCAUUUUCCCUUCGGCGGCUGGUCAGAGAGGCCCGUGCACUCACGACCUCAACAACAAGCCACAUGAGGCUGGAAUGCUUGCAUGGGUCACGUGUCAGUCAGCUGGCUGAGCGCGCAGAGCGAGCUGAACGACGGCAGGCGACAACACGCCUCAUCGCCAGCAUGCCGCAGUCGGCGUCCUCAAUGGCUUCGAGACAUCCGUCAUGUGCUGUGUCGCUGGACUCCCUCGACAGCAAAGCCAGUUCCUUCCUAACACGAUGCGACGACUCCUCAGCCCAUGCCGAUCGAACAGCAAAGCGAAGGCUCCUACACAGUCAUCCACAUCCUCACCACCGGCCGAGUUAGCAUCCGAUAUUCCUCAAGGCUUGAAGGUGGUAGCUGAAGGCAUCGAUCCAAUCGUCGACAUCGUCACCGUCCAUGGCCUGAACGGACACCGCGACAAGACCUGGAUGGCAAGCAAUGGCGUCAACUGACUCCGCAACCUCCUACCCCAAGACCUCCCAAACGCGCGCAUAAUUACUUGGGGCUAUGAUACGAACACGCACAGCCGAUCUCGCGUGAGCUGCCAGUACCUCUACUACCAUGCGAAUCUCUAGUGUCUGACCUGUGCUUAGGAAGACGGAUAACAAAGGUA